AUGGCAAAAAAUACGUCCUUGUAUUUUCGUAUUAUCGAAGGAAGAAAUUUACCAGCAAAGGACGUGUCUGGCACCAGCGACCCGUACUGUCUGGUCAGGGUGGACAAUGAAGUGGUGGCCAGAACUGCGACAGUAUGGAGGGACUUAAAUCCAUUCUGGGGCGAAGAAUAUACUCUCCACCUGCCCAUGGGCUUUCACAACCUCUCAUUUUAUGUUAUGGAUGAAGACACCAUUGGGCACGAUGAUGUCAUUGGGAAGAUUUCUCUUAAUAAGGAGUACAUUGCAACUCACUUACGAGGUAUUGACAACUGGAUAAAUCUGACUCGAAUUAACCCAGAUGAGGAGAUUCAAGGAGAGAUACACUUGGGGUUAGAGAUUCUCCAAGAUCAGCAGACUAAAGUCCUCAAGUGCCAUCUUAUCGAAGCUAGAGAUCUUGCACCGAGAGAUAUUUCUGGCACAUCAGACCCAUUUGCAAGAGUGGUAUUUAACAACAAAACUGCAGAAACAGCCACUAUAAAGAAGACUCGUUUUCCUCACUGGAAUGAAGUAUUUGAGUUUGAACUGGAGGAUGACAAGCCAAUGGAAGACAUGAUGUUCACUGUGGAAGUCUGGGAUUGGGAUAUGGUGGGAAAGAAUGACUUUCUGGGAAAGAUUGACUUCAAUUUGGAUGCACUUCAGAAGACUCAAAUAACCAGGGGCUGGUUUAGGCUAUUGCCUUUUGAAAAGAAUGAAGAUGAUGCAGGUGGUAAAUUAGGAGCACUACGAUUAAAAGUCAGGUUGGCAGAAGACCGGAUAUUGCCUUCGAUGUACUAUCAGCCACUGAUUGACCUCUUAAUGGAAUCUGUAAUCUCUCCAUCUAAAAGUGGUGCUACUGGCUGUUCAAGCAUAAGAGCCGCUCCGCCUGAAUCUUCACAGGCUUAUGACAUAAGCCUUGCAUCCGCACACUCUCUGAACUGGGUUGAGGACAUCACUCCUCUCACCAUGUUGGAAGAGGUUACCACUGUAGAGAGCAGACAAGACAUGGCUGUGACUCUGGUGAAGAUGUUCCUUGGUCAGGGCCUGGUGGUGCCAUUCCUUGAUUACCUCAAUAUGAGAGAAGUGAACAAAACAACGGAUCCAAACACACUUUUCAGAUCAAAUUCCUUGGCCUCCAAGGCGAUGGAGCAGUUUAUGAAGUUGGUGGGAAUGCCAUAUUUACAUGAGGUGCUGAGGCAAGUUGUUAACCGUAUUUUUGAUGAGAAGAAAUAUAUCGAACUGGAUCCUUGUAAGAUUGACCUUAACAAAAUAAGGAGAAUCUCUUUCAAAGGGGGUCCUUCGGAAGCCAAUGUGCGAGAAUGCAGCCAAGAGAUGUUAAAGUCCUACUUGACUGAUGUGAUGGAUGCCAUUGUGAGCUCAGUGGAGCAGUGCCCUUCUGUUAUGCGGGUAGCAUUCAAGCAAUUACAUAAACGAGUGGAAGAGCAAUUUCCAGAAGCUGAGAAUGAGGAUGUAAAGUACUUGGCUAUUAGUGGUUUCCUGUUUCUGAGGUUCUUUGCUCCAGCUAUUUUAACACCAAAACUCUUCGGUCUCCGAGAUCAUCACGCUGACACAAGAACAGGGAGGACACUGCUGCUUAUAGCAAAGGCAGUUCAGAGUAUCGGUAACCUGGGUCUUCAGUUGGGACAUGGGAAAGAGCUCUGGAUGACCCCCCUACACCCAUUCAUUUUACAGAGUGUAAGCUGUGUGAAGGAUUUCCUUGAUAAACUAAUAGACAUCGAUAAUGAAAGUGCUACUGACCUGCACCAACGCCUGGUGUUCCAUCCUUCAGUAACCAUUAAGGAAGGUUACCUGCACAAACGAAAGGCUGAGGGUGUCAACCUUGUCACUCGUUUCACUUUCAAAAAGCGCUAUUUCUGGCUCAGCAGUGAAAGCCUGUCAUACGCCAAGUCUUCAGAUUGGCAGAAUGUUAAUGAACUGAAUCAGUGGCUGUCGGCUAUCAGGAAAGCCAGUAUCUACAAUCAACGUAUGCUUCCUUCCUUCCAUCCAGGUUCUUACAGGAGCAACCGUUGGACGUGUUGUCUGCACACAGAUAAGACCGUGCAGGGAUGCAGCCGCACGCAUUCUGCUGUAACUCUCGGUGAUUGGAGUGACCCCCUCGACCCUGACGUCGAAACUCAGACUGUUUACAAGCAGCUGCUGCAAGGCAGAGAAAAGCUGAAAAAGAAAUACCUUGAAUCUUUAGACACAGGCACAGUGAAGGAGCAAGGGGACAGAAUGGACAGUGAUGGAAUUAAAGAAGCAGGCGUGGAGAAGAGUGGCUCCUUCCAUGAUCAACGGAUGGCAGCAGCAGCCAAGCUUCUGGAUGUCGUACACGACCUUGAACGUGCUCAUCAAGUUUUUGAAAGCAGAGAGAAAGAGCAGGCCAAUGAGAUGUCCAUUCCCUGAGUCAUUUAUUGCCACCAGACAUGAGACAUAUCAGUUUGUGCUCUAUGUGCAGCAUGCCACAGAUGGGUCCAGAUGUACUGUGGAUCUAAAUGAGACUAAAUUAUACAAUUCACCUCUUGGCCAAUUGAAAUACGUACACACAGAGGCCUGUGAAUGACACUUGUUGGGGGAGGAGCUGCACCAUUAUCACAAAUAAAUCAUAUCUAAGGCAACUUUGGGGAAAGUUGCUGUUUAAAACAAGGAAGGGGAUGUCAUCUGUUAUUGGUGUAAGGAAGCUGAGGGAAAGCACCUUGAAGUGCAUGAGCAGUGACUGCAUUCUUAACCCUGCCUGCCUGCUCAUUGGAGAAGGUGUUUUGUUAACAUGUAAUUGUACCAUGGGAAGUUAACAACAAUAAAUGUUUGCAAAGUGAUUCAAUGCAAUCAAGUGUGUGUCAAGAUGGGCCUGCUCCACAGACCCGAGCAUCAGCUUAACGCAUCCCUGUACUGCCGUAAGCUAGUUCAGCGGAACUGCUGCGCAGGGCAGUAUUAUUUUGUUUCUAGCUAGAGUUGCUGCUUCAGUCUGAGCUGUAAAUCUUCAUUUUUUUGUUGUCAGGAGGCUAUUAUUGCAGUUAAGUGAUGUCUGAGAGUCACAGAUGCUGUGGAGCAAAUGUGAUCAUCUGGUUUUUUUCUUUGUAAUGAUUUAUAUAUUAUUUAAACCCGUUCUGCUGAUUUAUUAUUAAGUCUACUUUCCUUGUGGAUUGAUCAAACUUCUGAGCUGCAUCAA